UGUACAUGUGUUGGUGCGUGUUGCUACCAGCGGCCACCUAGCGGUGUCUACUGCCCGCCAUUUUUAAAGUGCCAAGUGACUGGUGUGUUUUAACUUUUAACCCGAGGAAAUGGAGAUGUCUCGAAGCAGUACACCCAGGCGUCAAGGCCGAACAAGCAGCAGGACCAGUUGUAGCGGCAGCAACCAGGAGCCAAGCCAAGGCUAUGAUGAAACAUUUGAACCAGACUUAGAUAGGAAAUAUGUUUGUCCUGUUUGUCUGGCUGCCUUCAGAGAUGCCAUCCAAACGAAAUGUGGACACAGAUUUUGCAAGACCUGUUUGAAAGGUGUUGUAGGGACGCGGAGAUUUGCCAAGUGCCCAGUGGACAACACCUGGUUUGAUGCAGUGACAGAUGUUUUUGAUGAUAAUGCUGUUAGGAGAGAGGUAUUGUCUCUCCGUGUGAAAUGUCAUAAUAUGGACCAUGGCUGCCAGUGGGCAGAGGAACUGAGAGACUUGCAGGACCAUCUGCAGAAUUGUGACUAUGUUUUGGUGGACUGUGAGCAUAGGUGUGGAUCUCAGUUUCCAAAAUGUGACAUAGCAAACCAUUCUGAGAGCUGCCCAAAGAGACUGAAGCAGUGCCAGUACUGCAGUGAACAUAUAAUACACACAGAGAUGACGAAGCAUCAACUCCUUCACUGCAUGCAAUUCCCAGUGAACUGCACAGCUUGUGGAGAGACGGGAAUAUUAAGAAUCAACAUUGCUGACCAUGUUGAUGUUGUAUAUGGAGGUUGUCCCUACACUAAAGUGCCAUGCAAGUUUCAAAGUGUUGGGUGUCAUUAUCAGGGUCCAAGAAAGAACAUCUCUGAGCACUAUCAGGAGGCAGUGGACUCCCAUCUGGCCUUACUGUCCACUUACCUGAAUCUCCAAGAAACUAGACUGCAGUUGCAAGUAGAGGAGCUGGAGGACAGCAGAGAGGCAUGCAGUAGACUGGCAGAUCUGGCAAAACAGCAACACAGGUUGAUAGAGGAGCAGCAAUUAGUUGUUCGUUCACAGCUGGACCAUGUCCAGUUCCUAGAGUCUACAACAUUCAAUGGCAAACUCCUGUGGAAGGUUCCUAUUCCAGAGGACCACAGUCAGACCCUAGUCAGUCCUUCCUUCUAUACAGCGUGCCCUGGUUAUAAGUUCUCUGUGCAGCUGGAACUGGAUGGAUACCAAGAUGUCGGUGAGAUUUAUACGUCAGUCUUUGUUAUCCUGGAAGAGGGUUGUUAUGACAACCAGCUAAUUUUCCCUGUGGAUGCCACUUGCCAUAUUACCAUCUAUAAUCAACAUAAGGAAAGCAGAGAUCAUGUGCACACCUCUAUUAAGUGUAAUAGUGUAACCCGGGCAAGUAGUCCAGGUGGAAGUAAUGAAAACACGAAACGUGGUCGCUUGAGACUGAUGAAGAAGGAUGAUUUGCUUAGUUCACAAUUUCUUCUAGAUAAUGCCUUAUCAGUGCUUAUCAAUGUUGACCUUGACUGCUGUCCUCAUGCUUGCAUUGCAUAAGCAAAAGUCAAAUUUUAAUAUGAACUUCAUUUUAGAGAUAUCAGUUGCUUCAGGGUAUUCAUUUUCUGAAAAUUGCUGGUGAUGUCAAAAGGAAGUUGUAUGUCAUGAUUGUUUAUCAGCUUUGUAGUAACGUUUUCUGAGGACUUUUUUUAGCUUUACCAUUUUCUCCAGUUUUAAUAUUUUGGGUAUUAACAAGCUUUACUAAAGGUGGUGGAUAGACAAAUAUAUUUGUUAAUAUGAGCAUAUUUUCAUAGAUAGAUUAAAUAAUAGUGGUGUUUGUAGUCUUUUUAAAGGUCUAAGUUCAUUAACUGGUAUUUGUUAUAAUAUUAUCCCUCCCUUUUUGCAUUCCUUUAAGUGGGGAAAAUGUAUAUCAAUUUUUUUUUUUUACAACAGCAUUGCAUAUUUUAGUUCUAAAGUGUAUGAUUGUAUUUUACAUUUUAACUAAAACAUAGUCAAAAUUACUGUUUGUUGUACAUAACAUGCAUAUUUUAUCAUUAAAUUCCCUUUGACAGCAUA